AGGGGCGGCUGGCUUGACUGCUACUUUACGAGUGGAGGCUGGCUUGACCGCAUAACUAUGUAUUAUGAUUCUAAUUGUUCUGUCUACGACUGGAAGAAUCUGAACCUGUCAGACUGGUGUGUAACUUGGACACAAACUGUAUACAGUUGAUGGAUGACUACUUGACGUGCAAAUUUCUUCAGGCAUUCGUGAAAAUAAGUCAUCAUAAAUAACAAGACCAAAGUGGAGAUGAAAUUACUACAGGCAUUUAGAUUCAUCGUUCUCCUUCUUCUGGCUGCAUACAUCUUUUGUCUGAAUAAGGACUACACGCCAUCUUUCAACUCAUUCUUCAAAGAGCUGACAGUGAGACAACGAUCCCACAGUCAUGCCAGAGAGAAAAGAGCUGCAGGAGAUUGUUUUCCAGAAAAUUGCUCCAAAAUAAAUGUAGAUCUUUUCCUCUCAAUGGACACUCCAAACAACGCCGAGGCAAUAAAGUUCAUUAAUCUACUGAGGGGUGCUGUGGAAAAUGUCAUUUUACCAAUCCAUAUCAUAGAUGAAUUAGUGCUGGGAAGCUUAAAUUUGACCACAGCCUGCUAUCCUAACUCGACUGGAGGACAUCAGUGUCAUUGUGAGGAUCAGUUGUUAUGGUCAAGUGACGUUUGUGACACUUACGGUGCAUGCAGCAAUGCCAGCCCACAAAACUGCGACUGCGUAAAUGGAAUUCCAAAUGGCCAGUUCUGUGAACCAAGUAUCAUUACACUUCCCACACCACCAAUGACAGUGGACGUUGUCCUCACGGUGGACACUCCAGCCGACACUGAGCCAUCAGACAUCAUUAAUCUACUGAGGGAUGCUGUGGAUAACGUCUCUUUGCCAUUUGAGAUAGCAGAUAAUUUAAGACUGACAAGCUGGAAUUUGACCACAGGCUGCUAUCUGAAGUCUACCGGAGGACAUGAGUGUCAUUGUGAAGAUUCCUUUGCUUGGUCAUGUGACAUCUGUGACACCUAUGGUGCAUGCAGCAAUGCUAGUACAUUCACCUGUGACUGCAUUAAUGGCAUCCCUCCGUUUGGACAGUUCUGUAAACCAAUCUCAAGGAGGAAUCUUACCGAAGUGCCAGAGCCAGCUCAUCUGGCUCCUCACAAUGCGGAGAAUCAGUGGCUCUGA